GGUGGUGCAAUUGCAGGACAGCUGACCACAGUAGGGAUGCAGCAGAUGUUUGCCCUGGGGGAAAGGCUGAGGAGAAGCUAUGUGGAAGAAGCCAGCUUUCUCUCACCAACAUUUAAGCCUGCUGAGGUUUUGAUCUGUUGUCAUUGUCACUGAUGAAGCAAGCUCUGAAAUCCUCUACCCCAAUUACCACAACUGCCAGCGCCUGAAAUGCUUGAGCAGGCAUAAGUUGAAGAAUGCUCUGCAACAGCCAGGUAUCUCUGAUGACUUGAAAACAAUUAAGGAGAAGAUGGGUAUUGAUGGUGAUAAGUCUGUGGAUUUUUUUCUCCUCCUUGACAACAUUUUUGCUGAGCAGGUGCACAAUUUGCCAAGCUGCCCUGUGCUGAAGAACUUUCAGCAGACAGUCGAGCGUCGAUCUGUUGAUUCGCUGCUUUUCCUUCUGGAAGAUGGUUCAAGAGAAGUUCUUCAGAUGAGUGUUGGUCGUCUUUUCUAUACCUUACAGAAGAACAUUACAGAAGCAGUAGAUCCUUCAUCUCCAGCUGAAAAGGCCAGAAAGCUCAUUCUCUAUGCUUCUCAUGACACUACCCUUAUUCCUCUCCUGGUGGCACUGGGCACCUUUGAUCGCAAAUGGCCACCGUAUGCUGCAGAUGUGACCCUGGAACUGUAUCAGCACCAGCAGUCCAAAGAGUGGUUUGUUCGCAUGUCUUACCACGGAGAGGAGCAAGUGGUGAAAGGAUGUAGAGCAGGUCUCUGCCCACUCGAAGAAUUUCUAGAAGUUCUUUCACAGUACUCAGUCAGUCCAGAGGAGUACAAUAACCUGUGCUCCCAAAUGGAGGGGAAUCAGCAAACUGACUCAUGAAUUAGUUGUCUUAAAUUAAAAUUAGUUUAUUGUCA